AUGGGCAAGACGACCAGGAGACCACUGAUGCCGCCGUCAGAGUCAGACUCAUACAACUCCGCGCGUAUCGUCACGUGCCGCCUCUCGAAGGACACCAGCGCACAACUGUACAGCGACAUCGCGACCAUCCUCACUGCGGGUCAAGGUGAAAGUGCAAAGCGUGAUGGGCGGGGUGCUGCAACGAGAGCCGUCUCCGUGACUGGAGCCACCUCGCAGACUCACGGAGCCGUAAUUGCCGUAGCGUAUGACUCCGAGGACAGGCCGUCUGUUGCGACGCAUCCUCCUCCGCCUGGAGGCAAUCGACUCUGCACCCGCGCAAUCAGUCUUUCAGACUUGGACAGAGCAGCCAGCCAUAUCCAGACACCAGACGCUCCAGGCGACCUUCUCGACAACGUUCUUGCCGUCUCGCGCGCACUGUCGCUGCCGAUCGCAGAUUUCAUCCGAUUCAUAGUGCACUGUUGUAUCCCCAAGAUCCUCCAUCGCUACAACGUUGCAGAGAAGUUCUGGACCGCUCCGCUCUCGGCCAUCCUUCAACUUGGCUGGGAACCCCAACCACAAGACGAACUUGGCGACGGCCGCUGGUUCCCCCUCGCUCCCCACUUGGCCGAGGAACUCAGCCUUAUCGAUCCAUGCCCUGUCCGGAUCAGGACGUCGAGAGACGGGCGGGGCGAAGAGGAGUGGUUCUGCGACGCGGCUGCGGCCGCGAGCUGGGUAGAGCUCAUACGGAAGGUCCUCAACCGCACUCGCGAAGAACUCGAGGACGCACGGACGGCGGGCACGGGGGACCAGGUUACCGAGUGGGCGACGUCCCGGGCCGCCAUUCUGCAUGCUCUGCUUUCGAAUACGGGCACCCGCUAUCUCUCCACCGCGCCGUCCCUCUGA